AUGGAUAAAACAGGUGAUACUAGUAUUGGAGGAAACCAAUGGCAGAGACUCCUGAGGUGGCAUAAGGGACAGAAAGUGAACAAGGAAGGAGAAGAUGGAGUCAAGGAUGAAGGGAAACGUAACAACAUUCUGGAUCUGAAGUUAAAAGUUAAUUGGAAAGAGUGGGUGGCUGAUCCAGCAGAACAGUUUUACUAUGUCUGGCUGCAGGUCAUGAUUUUUCCCAUUGUCUACAACUGGGUGAUCAUCAUUUUGAGGACAUGCUUCACGGCAAUUGCACUGAGCUACCUGCCUGUGUGGCUGACACUGGACUAUCUGUCAGACCUUAUGUAUAUACUUGACAUGAUCAUCACUGUUCAUACAGGUUACUUGGAUCAGGGCAUCCUAAUAAAGGACCUCAAUCAGCUGAAGAAGCGAUAUCUGCACUCCAAACGUUUCGUAAGGGAUGUGGUUUCCCUGCUGCCUACCGACUUCCUCUACUUUGCCUUUGGCAUCCAAACACCGCUAGUGAGGAUCAACCGCCUUCUGCGUAUGCCACGACUCACUGAGGCCCUUGAUCGCAUGGAGACAAGAACCUCCUACCCCAACACCUUCCGCAUCUCCAAGCUCAUGAUCUACAUCUUUGUGUUGAUUCACUGGAAUGCUUGUCUCUACUUUGCCCUGUCCAACUACAUUGGAUUUGGAAGUGAUCUUUGGGUCUAUCCCAACAUCACCACACCACAGUUUGCCUCCAUGCGCCGACAGUACUUUUACUGCUUCUGGUUCUCGGCCCAGAUUUUCACCACAGUAGGAGACACCCCCCUGCCAAAAAGGGAAGAAGAGUACUUGUUUAUGAUUGCAGACUUGCUCAUUGCUGUGCUGGUGUUUGCAUCAAUUGUUGGUAACGUUGGUAAUGUCAUCUCAAGCCUAAGGGAUCGUGAUAAUGUUUUCUUCCCUAACCAUGAGCUGGUGAAGGCAUACCUACGUAGCCAUCACAUUAGCAAGGAGCUUAGACAGCGUAUCGACACCUGGUACCAGCAUCUUCAUAUCAACAAGAAGAUCAUCAGAGAGAAUGAAAUCCUGCAGCAGCUGCCCUUGCACCUGAGGACAGAGAUCGCUGUCAGCGUUCACCUUCCCACACUCUCCAAAGUCACCAUCUUCCAGAGCUGUGAGAAAAGUUUGCUGGAGGAGCUGGUGCUUAAGCUAACGCCUCAGGUCUUCAGUCCAGGGGAGUACGUCUGCAGGAAAGGAGAUGUGGGUCAUGAAAUGUACAUCAUCAAAGAGGGAAAACUUGCAGUUGUAGCAGAUGAUGGGGUCACAGAGUUUGCUGUGCUGAGUGAAGGGAAUUUCUUUGGGGAGAUUAGUAUCCUCAACAUCAAAGGUAACAAGUCAGGCAAUCGUCGCACUGCCAACAUCCGAAGCAUUGGCUACUCUGAUCUGUUCAGCUUGUCCAAAGAAGAUCUGACAGAUGUGCUAUCUGAGUUCCCAGCAGCCAAACAUCACCUGGAGGAGAAAGGCAAACAGAUCCUCAUCAAGAUGGGCAUGUUGGAGGAGAGUGGGGAAGGAGAGGAGAAGGAGGCAGAGCAAGUUGAAACCAAGGUUAAAAGGCUGGUGAGCAACUUGGAGGUCUUGCAAACAAAACUAGCAAGACUUAUGGUGGAACUAGAGUCAAGCAAUAGCAAGAUGCAGGCCAGGGUGGAGCAGCUGGAGUGGGAGGUGGCAGCACUGGACACUCAGCUGCCAGACGAUGGAGAGGAAGGAGAAAGAGCACAGGGAAGGGGUGAAGGGGUGGGAGGGGAGGUUGCAUGGGAGCGAGAAGAGGCAGAAGGAGAGGAAGAGGAAGGUUCAGAUGCAAAGGUGAAAAAACAGGGAAGAGGAGAAGAUAGUAAUGAUGUGACCAAAGAGGGAGAUGGAGAGAGCACUAAAAGCACAAAAGAAUAUGUGGAAAGAAUGGUUGAGGGAGAUAAAUCUGUGGUGAAGGACCCAGAUGACCAGAAAAAGAAAAAAGAAAAUGAUGGAGAGAAAAACCAAGAAAAAGGAGAUGAGAGACCUGGGAAAGGAGAUGGAGCUGAGAUUGAACCUGAAGACAAGAAAGAAGAGAAAAGUGGAGAGAGAGAAUUAGAAGAGGGGAGAGAAAAGGCUGAAGAGGACUCAAUAAAAAGAGGAACUGGGCAGCAAGAUGAAAGGCACAAAAAAUGA